ACACAUCAUUCCACCUGCAACUUUCACUGCAAAUUAACAUCUCUUCUCAUUUCUCAACAAAUUUUAACCACACUUGUUAUGUAUUUAGACAACAAAAUGGUCGAUUUAGAUUGCAAAGGAAAAAUGGUCUCACCUGAUUCCAAACCAACCACCAGAUCACCAAAACUUUCUGUUCCAGUUCCACCACCUCCACUUCGAGCUACCGAAUUAUCACCAGCGUCCGAUACCGCCUGCACCGCAUACGACCAUUACUUACACCUACCCGAAAUUAGAAACUCUUGGGAUAAAAAACAGUUUCCAGAGUGGCAAAACGAGGUCGUUUUGAAACCAGCUUUACACGCUUUAGAGUUUACCUUCCGGUUUGUCUCAACCGUGUUAUCUGAUCCUAGACCGUAUGUGAACCGGCGCGAGUGGAGCCGGCGGCUCGAGUCGUUAGCCACGAGCCAGAUUGAGCUGAUCUCGUUGUUUUGCGAACAGGAUGACGUCAUCACCGCGCCGAUAGUUGAUAUUGGAGAGAGUACCGGUGUGUUGACUCGUGAAGGAAGCUCGGCUGAGGUGUGGAAGCUGAAUGAUGAAGAAGACGCGACGGUUUUAGUGACCCAGAUAAGCGAAGAAAGCUUGUUACCUCGGCUUGCCACGUGGAAGAGAGCCGAAGAAGUGGCUCAGAAAAUCCAGUACUCAAUCGAAAGCCAAAUGAGACGGUGCCCGUACACGUUAGGGUUAGGUGAGCCGAAUUUGAGCGGGAAGCCGAGUCUCCACUACGACGUCGUUUGCAAGCCAUCAGAGCUUCAUUACUUAACAAAAUCUCCACCGGAAAAAGCUGACGUCAGCAACUACGAAAACCGUACGCUAUACACAACGCACCAGAUCCUAGAGUGUUGGAUCCACGUCGCGAAUCGGAUCCUAAACCGGAUCGAAUCGGAAAUCGAUUCGGAUAGUUUUGAAUCCGCUUCGAAUAACGGUUACAUUCUAGAACAGAUCUGGAAACUGUUGACGGAGAUCGAAGAUCUGCAUUUGUUAAUGGAUCCAGACGAUUUUCUCCGGUUGAAGAAUCAGUUAGAUAUUAAAACAGAAUCGGAAUCGGAAUCGUUUUGUUUCCGAUCAAAAGCGUUGAUAGAGAUCACGAAACGUUCGAAGAAUUUAAGGCAUAAGGUACCGUACAUACUCGGUGUGGAGGUGGAUCCGAACGGAGGACCGAGGAUUCAGGAGGCGGCGAUGAAGCUGUAUCGGAGGAAGAACGCCACCGUGAAGAUUCAUCUGUUGCAGAGCUUGCAGGCGGUUGAAGCGGCGGUGAAGAAGUUUUAUUAUGCGUAUAAGCAGUUGUUGGUGGUGGUGAUGGGGAGUGUGGAGGCGAAAGGUAGUUUGGCGUUUGUGACGGUUGAUUCGAGUGAUUCUUUGGGGAGGAUAUUUUUGGAACCGACUUAUUUUCCGAGUUUGGAUGGGGCGAAGACGUUUUUGGGGGAUUAUUGGAGUAGAUAGACGGGUUGAGUCGCAGAUGUCAGGGUUAAAAGAAAUUUGUCGUUUAAAAAAAUAGACGGGUUGGGUUGACUCGGUGAGUUGGUGGUUGUGACUCGGUUGGGGUUUUACAGGCAGGUUUAGGUUGGGGAAAUUUGAGGUCAAAGUAAGAGUAGGUCUUUGAUUGGUGGAUAAGGUCAAUGGUCAAUGUUUGUUGUAUACCAAAAACUAUUCUUGUUGUAUUCCAUUCAAAUUUUUAUGUAUAUUAAAAUUUUAAUUUAUUAGAUUAAUUUUAGUCGAUUUAA